AAAAAAUUGUCCAUUAUUGAUUCAUUCCUUCAUGUUUCUUUUCAAAGAAAAGGAAAAAAAACACAUACUGACAUUUGCCAUUUGGAUUGAAUAUUUAGGUCAACCACUAAUAAUAUAUAUAUAUAUAUAUGUGGUGUUUGGUGGUCAAAUGAGAAGGAACAAUAUACAAGGGUUGGUGUGGUGGGUUAGAAGAAUUUUGCAUGACCAACCAACUCUAGUGUUUAUGGUUUAAGCAGAACUAAACCUUAGAGAAGCCACAUACAUACAUAACUACAACCACCACCACAACCUACACAAAAAGAGGUUCACCCAACUCGACCGGACCCAUAUCAGGAUUAAUAUGUAUUUGCCAUCUGAAUAUUGGGCGUAACGCAUAUAUAUUACAAAUGCAUGGGAUGUAGUUUGAUAGUAUUAUUUGAAAUCGUAGCAACAUGUCUUGCAAGGGAGAGGUUGUGCUACGUUUGGAGGAAGUGUUGCUUCUCUUACCUUCAAAUCUCUUCAACGAGGUCUUUCUUGACUGCAUCGGUCCAUUUCCACAGAGCUAUAGAGAAGGUAGCUACUAUGAUCGGAAGCUACGGACGUGCUACCCGUCGAACAACUACGGUUUCAUAAAAAAGCAAAGCGAUGAUGCUGGUUCUGGGGGGAUAAAGCCACGUGGCACUGGAGUGUUUCUUCCUGCAAGACCGGUGAGUAGCCCAGAAGAGAAGAGACCGAAGAAGAAGACAUGCCCCAUCAUCUCAUCUUGUUCUAAACAAGUUUUUCUUCCUAAGGAAUGGGCGUAUUAGCUAGUAAAAAACAUUUUAUUGUCCCUGUGUAUAUCUUAUACUAUUACAAGGCUAAACACACAAAAAUAAGUUUAAAUGUCUGUCUCUAGAGUUGGGACCUAUAGAUUAGUAUUGGGUAAGGUUUGAUAUACACACCAUACCAGUUAACAGUACAAGUCUAGCUUCAGUGCUCAACCAUAAACAUAUAUGUAUAUCUAUCCAAAUGGACAGAAGAGAUGCUGAAGGAUGAUUUGAAAAAUAGUAUAUUUCCAUGGUUAAGUACAAGUACAAUAAACUAGUUACACACAUGCUUGGUGCGUCCUUCCCGGUCCUCUCGUACUAGGGAAAGGUACUCUCAAUGCUCUAACGCCCUUCUAAUGGUAAUUCACAUAUUUGGCAAAAAAAAAUGUACAAUUAGAAGAACAAGAAACUCGUGUCCUUU